UUGUCCAAACUCAUGAACAGAGUUCAAUGAAAACUGACCAACCAAUCUUGAAGGUGAAUGAAAUGUCAAACGCUAUGAAUCGAUAAAAAGAGUAGAAAUUCAAGAUGAAGUUUCCUGAUUUUCUCGGGAAAAUGAAACCAGAAAGCUUCUCGAAUGAUCAGUGCGGUGAGCGGGAGUGCCAAAAGAUUCAAGUUUUGAUAGUCAACAUGAUAACAAAACACAUAUGAAGUCGGCCUAAUGAGAUCUGGAGAAUUGAAGUCUUGACAAGAGAGAAGAACCUCGAAGAGGAGACGAUGGAAGCUGAAGGUCAGAGAAAGAAGGAGGCGAUACCUCUCCUGACUCCGUACCAGAUGGGAAAGUUCCAUCUCUCUCACAGGAUGGUAUUGGCACCAAUGUCGAGAUUGAGAUCUUACAACUUCACAGCUCAACCGCAUGCCGUCUUGUAUUACUCUCAGAGAACAACAAGAGGUGGCUUCUUGAUCGGAGAAGCCUCAGGCAUUUCCGAUACAGCUCAAGGUUACCCAAAUACACCUGGGAUAUGGAGGAAGGAACACGUGGAAGCAUGGAAGCCCGUUGUGGAUGCGGUUCAUGAGAAAGGGGGCAUCUUCUUUUGCCAACUUUGGCAUGCUGGGAGAGCUUCCAAAUAUGAAUAUCAACCAAAUGGGCACCCACCGAUAUCUUGUACAGAUAAGCCAAUUACAAGUGAGGCUCAAAUUGAUGGAACGACUGCCGCAGACUACUCUCCUCCUCGACGCCUUAGCGUACAAGAAAUCUUUCAGGUUGUCGAUGACUUUAGGGUUGCUGCCAGAAAUGCCAGGGAAGCUGGUUUUGACGGAGUGGAGAUUCAUGCAGCCAACGGGUACCUAGUGGACCAGUUCUUGAAAGACGGGGUAAAUGAUAGAAGGGAUGAGUAUGGAGGUAGUUUAGAAAACCGAUGCCGCUUCCCUCUCCAGGUUGUUGAAGCCAUUGCUGAUGAGAUUGGAGCUGAUAGAGUCGGCGUUAGACUCUCACCCUUUGCAGAUUAUAACGAUUGUGGGGACUCGAACCCGCCAGCUCUAGGCAUCUAUAUGGCUCAAGAAUUAAGUAAGCGAGGAAUCCUCUACUGCCACAUGAUAGAGCCAAGGAUGAUCACUCAGUUUGAGAGGGUUGAAACCAAAUCUAGCCACCGCCCAAUGAGGGAAGCUUUCAAGGGUACGUUUAUCGCGGCUGGGGGAUACAAUAGAGAGGAUGGAAAUGAGGCCAUAGCAAAUGGAAAUGCCGAUCUGAUUGCAUUUGGUCGCUUAUUUCUGGCUAACCCCGAUUUGCCUAAGCGGUUCGAGCUUGAUAUUCCGCUAAAUAGGUAUGACAGGAGCACUUUUUAUACGUCAGAUCCUAUCGUUGGCUACACAGACUACCCCUUUCUUGACCAAACACCCUAAAAAGUUGGGCAAGUUGCCGUUGUAUGAGUAUUUCAAUUGAAUUUACAGAUAUUGUAAUCGCAUGCACUUUGAAAUUGAAUCUAGUUGAAUAAAACAGAGUUGGAACUCAAUUUCAACCCACCAA